CACCUCAUCGAAACGAAAAAUACUUUACCGACCCCGAAAAAUUUAUACCAGAGAGGUUUAUCAAUGAUGGUAGUGACGGAAAAAAUAUCUUCAAAAAAGCGUUUUAUCCAUGGGGUGGUGGACUACACAUUUGCCCUGCGAGAAAUAUCGGACUCGCUAUUGUAAAGAUGCUACUGAUUCUGUUGUAUCGUAAUUACGAGGUUAAAUUGGUUAAUGCUACAAACUUACCAUGA